UCAGAUUACUUUUUCUGGGAAGAAACUUAUUAUUUUAAGAAAGAAACCCUCUUUUCUUCUAGUGCAUAUUAUCCUCAUUUUGAAAAAAGAAAAGCGGCGAGUUACCAAUCUAUUCUUAUUACACUCACAAUCUGGGUUCCUCAAUUUGUUGAACACAUUGCAGCUAAGAAGCAUCUUGCCUUACAUUAUCUGUUACCACCAGAAAGGAUUCGCAGCUAUGAAGCAUCUUGCCUUACAUUACAAUUUGACUGCCAGGAAGGGUAG